GGAGCGGGAAGGGCGCAGGGAAGGGGCCCGGCCUGGAGGGUCUGCAGCUUCUUUCGGUUGUCCCUGGCAGAAUGAAGACCAUUCUCAGCAACCAGACCGUUGACAUCCCCGAGCAAGUCAGUGUUUCGCUGAAGGGCCGGACGGUCAUUGUAAAGGGCCCCAGAGGAACCCUGCGAAGGGAUUUUAACCACAUCAACGUGGAGCUGUCUCUCCUGGGAAAGAAGCACAAGAAGCUGCGCGUUUACAAGUGGUGGGGUAACAGAAAGGAACUGGCGACAGUUCGCACAAUUUGCAGCCAUGUACAGAACAUGAUUAAGGGUGUUACACUGGGAUUUCGUUACAAGAUGAGGUCAGUGUACGCUCACUUCCCAAUCAAUGUAGUUAUCCAGGAUAACGGCUCGCUUGUGGAAAUCCGAAACUUCUUGGGAGAGAAGUACAUUCGCAGAGUGCGUAUGAGGCCAGGUGUUUCCUGUGCAGUAUCUCAAGCCCAGAAAGAUGAGCUGAUCCUUGAAGGGAAUGACAUUGAACUGGUGUCCAAUUCAGCUGCCUUGAUCCAGCAAGCCACUACGGUCAAGAACAAGGAUAUCAGGAAAUUCUUGGAUGGUAUCUAUGUCUCCGAGAAAGGAACAGUACAGCAGGCAGAUGAGUAAAACUCUCAUAGUUGUCUGGAUCCUGAAACGAACGGCAAUAAGGUAUUAUAUCAGCAAGUACUGGAUUGAAGAAUCUGAUACAAAACCUGAAGACCAUGAGAGAGUUAAUAAAAUAAAACAUAUUUCAUA